CCCUCCACACUGACUGAUGCUGAGCAGCUCCUGAUUUCACAUUUGUACCAUUCAGGUUUUACGCGCAAACAAAAUGAGAGCUUUUGUCUCUACAGUGACCGUUUUGUUGGUAAUAACAUUCCCAUGCAUGGAAGCUAUCCACGGAUUAUACAACUUUGGCCAGCAUGAAUUCUUCCCCAAAAAGAACAACUGCAAGCCAAUCCCUGCAAAUUUCCUCCUGUGCCACGAUAUCGAGUACACGGAGAUGCGUCUCCCAAACCUGCUCGGACACGAAACCAUGAACGAAGUUCUGCAGCAAGCUUCGUCCUGGAUCCCGCUGGUACGGAGGCAGUGCAACCCCGACACGAGAAAGUUCCUCUGCUCGCUUUUCGCUCCCGUGUGUCUGGAUGACUUGGACGAGCCCAUCCAGCCGUGCAGAUCUCUGUGCGAGAGCGUCAAGAACGGAUGCGAGCCCGUGAUGUCCGCGUUUGGGUUCCCGUGGCCGAGUAUGCUGGACUGCAACCGAUUCCCACUCGAUAAUGACUUGUGCAUUCCGCCUGCAGGCAUGGAGACCUUUGCACCAGCCACUAAAGAAGUGCCAAGAGUGUGCGACGCUUGCAAGGAAACAGAUGAUAACGACAACGAAAUUGUUGACAAUCUUUGCAAAAAUGACUUUGCCCUGAAGAUCAAAGUGAAGGAGAUCUUCUACAUUAACGGAGACACCAAGAUAGUGCCAGAGACCAAGAGCAAGACCAUCUACAAGCUGAACGGCGUGACGGAGCGCGACCUGAGGAAGACCGUGCUGUGGCUGAAGGACGGCCUGCAGUGUGUGUGCGAGGAGAUGAACGACAUCAAUGCCGCCUACCUGGUCAUGGGCCAGAAGAUGGACGGAGAGCUGGUCAUCACGUCUCUCAAGCGAUGGCAGAAGGGACGGCGGGAGUUCAAGAGGAUUACUCGCAGUAUCCGCAAGCUGCAGUGCUAGAAAGGACACACACACAAAAAAAAAAGAGCAUAGGCCUAUUUGUCAACUUUUUGAGAAGCACGUUUUGUUGAGAUCUUUCCAUUUAUCUUCGUCAAGUAGUCACAAAAGUUGCAAUAAUAGUUUUUGUUCUUCUCUAGAUUCCUGUGAAGAUGUUUCUUUGGCCUUUGAAAAGAAAACAACUUUUAAGUAGGCCUAAUCAAAACACAUCUGCGGGUGACUCGUUAAUGUUUUUGCCUAUCUGCAACAAUAAUUCUUGUGGAUCUUCAUUUUCUUUAGGGUUCUAUGUGUCAAUAAAAUACACUCAAGUAACAUUCACCAAGAAGCCCAUUUAAAACAUGACUUUAUCUGGGCACACUGAUACCUGCAUCAGAAAAAAGGGGAUAUUUGUGAAGUUCAAACAAUGACUCCCACUCAUUUUGCACUGAGUUGGCAGUUGGUGCCCCCCAGUGGUCAGAUUUACGUGGCUCUUUGUAUUCCUGGGGAGCAGUCUCCGCUGUCACCUCAUUAAUUGCAGUUAAUUGCACCCAGCUGGAGUCCCAGGUGUACAGGAAUGACUAAUUACAUCUUAUAGUGAAAACAAGCAGAGCUUUGAAUCUGGGAUUAAAAAUGAUUGACUCCGAAAAAAAAUCACUGGCAGAUGUGGCCUACUGUUAAAUACUGCCAGGAGAGAGUUCAGUCUUUUUCUCCUGGUUUUUCUCGUGCCUUUGUUUCCUCCGUCAUCUGUGUCAUAACCCAAAAAUAUAAAGCCUGCAUCAUUGGGCCUUUCUUUAACAGUGUUAAAUAUCACCAGUUGCUUGUUUUCUGAGUCUGUUCAAAACUCAUGGACUGACAACAACAACAAAAAAAGAUUUAAAUCCCACAACUGCUUGGUCUACAUGAUUCAAGUGUUCAAGUAAAAACCUUUAGUUUGGAAUGUAAGGUAUGCUGUAUUUACAUCGCAGAAAAUGUAUUCAUCUGUGUGUGUGUGUGUGUGUUUGUGUGUGUGUUGCAUAUUGAGUGAAGCUGUGAUCCCAGUGUGAUGUUCAAAGACGAAAAAAUUUUUGUAUUUUUCUUUUCUACUGUUUUCUCAAGCAAAAAAUGAGAGAUAGCUGGCUAUAUUCUCUUCCUCUUCAACAUUUUAAUACUGUUGGUCAUUGUUUUGUACUUGAGCCACCGCUUUUCUACCACAAAACACAUAUUUUUCUACUCCCCAACUUACACAUUUCAUUUUAUGUUUUUUAAGUUUUGGUUUGGAUCCUUCUGUUUGUGUGACAAAAGUUUUGGUAUAAACAUAGAAUAUCUGAACUUAAUGGUUGAUAGUGUUGUUUGAUGAGCAGUAACUUGUUAAGCACAGAUAAUUAUGGGAUGUGUAUGUGUGCAAUGUAAAGUAUUGUUUUAAAAGUAUUACUGUGUAAAUAACAUACUGUCUUUUAUUCUUGUAUAAAAGUUUUCAGCGAUUAAAAGCAACAACAUGCUUGAAA